UCCGUCCUCCACUCUGCAGCAGCAUGGCUCCAAAGAAAGUGGAACCGAAAAAGACAGAGGUGAAGAAGGUGGAGGUAAAGAAGGAGGAGCCUCCUCCACCUCCCAAACCUGCAGAGCCAGAGUCCAAACCUCCGGAGGUGGACCUGAAGAGUAUCGUGGUGGAGUUUACUCCAGACCAAAUCGAAGAAUUCAGAGAUGCCUUCACGCUGUUUGACGAGACACCCACAGGUGAGAUGAAGAUCACCUACGCCCAGUGUGGAGACGUGAUGCGAGCACUCGGUCACAACCCCACCAACGAGGAGGUGCUGAAGCUGCUGGGGAGGCCAAAGGCGGAGGAGCUGAACAUCAAGCUGCUGGACUUCGACAGCUUCUUGCCCAUGCUGCAGCACGUGGCGCGUUCCAAAGAGCAGGGGAACUUCGAGGACUUCGUGGAGGGUCUGAGGGUCUUCGACAAGGAGGGAAAUGGCACGGUGAUGGGGGCUGAGCUCCGCCAUGUCCUCGCCACGCUGGGAGAGAAGAUGACAGAGGACGAGGUGGACAGACUGAUGGUGGGACAGGAGGACGCCAACGGACACAUCAACUACACCGAGUUUGUCAAACACAUCCUGGCCGGGUAGAAAACACCAACACUGAUUUCGACUGCUUCCACUUUCUUUAUAUGAUGGACUGAGUGUACCCGGGUCAAUUUGAGAUCUCUCUCUUGUUUCGAAUGUUCGUCCUGUAUGUCUCUCUUCACUCACUCUCUUAUAAAUUAUCUUCAGUCCUUCUCAGUGUUUUCAUUUAAACGAUUUUCAGAAUAAAUCUUACAUUGGUGAUAAUUGUU